AUGAGGUUUGCGCUCAAGGCGGGAGGAGGCGAUGGCGCGCGCUGUGGCGUCAUGAAUUUUGGGGCGGCGCUGGCGCCUGUGGACACGCCGUGCCUGCUGCUCUCCACGCGCCGAGGUUUGCCAUCGUUUGUCUCUACGGAUUUGCUGCCGGAGCUCCAUCCAGAUGCGCGCGUUCUUCACGUCAAUCCAGUGCAUUUAGGAAAUUUGCAAGCAGUCUCUACUGGUGUCGAUAUCUUCGACAGCACCUACCCGCAUACACUGACCAAAGGAGGCUAUGCAAUGACCUUUCCACUGUCGAUGGACGAAAAGCCGUGGAAAUUUUCUCUGGAAGAUGGAGCCGAGCUCGGUGCAGACUUCACGAAAAUAAACCUCCGAUCAAUAGCUUACAGAUGCGACGUGACUCCCCUCAAGCCCGGUUGUACCUGCUAUACAUGCCAAAAGCACACGAGAGCGUACAUCAAUCACUUGCUAAACACACACGAGAUGGUUGCUCAAACUUUGCUUGACAUGCAUAACAUUCACCACUACCUCUCGUUUUUCCAAGCAAUACGCGAUGCGAUAUGUGGCUCUUAUUUUGAAGAGUUUCAGCACUGGUUUAUUGGUCAAAGGCGAUAUUGUGAAAGCGAGUGUUUUGACGUGAAUGUCAGCUUGCUUACACCGGAAGCCGCUAACAUUUUAUGAGCGAGGUACAAGAUUCUUUCCGGGGCUAGAGCUUACCACGUGUUCUUGUAAUUACCAAGUUGUCGCUGGAAUUAAGCUCUGAACACAAAGAGGCAAGAAUUGGGUGAAA